GCGGAAGUAGUCAAAAACUCCCAGACUAUACUUCCGGUCUACAUUUUGUAAACACAAGAAUUUAGGACACGAAAAUAACUCGUUCGAACUCUUCAAAUUAGUGUCACCAGAUAGAUUUUCCUUUGUUAGAAAACAGCGCUGAGAGUUUCUUUCGUGACCUGACGUCGAAUUUUGGCCACAAUUUUUUUGUUGUUGUUGCAAAGACGCCAAAGAAAGGAGAAAACAAGCUAGUUGCGUCGUCGAGUGUGCGCGUAUGUCGCUCAUGCUGCUAUCACUUCAAUGGGGAACUGCCUGUUUUCUCAAGGAGCGGAUGAUUUGUCUCUGCUGAACGAGUCUGAGGUGGGCAGCCUGCCCGGAGAACCGCCGCCGCCCUACCAGGAGCGCCCGCAGCCCGUGCCCGUGUACCAUCCCAUGCCCGGGGAGAGUCGCUUGGCCAGUCAGCUGAGCGAGGAAGAGCAGGUGCGCAUCGCCCAGCGUAUCGGCCUCAUCCAUCACCUGCCCAGAGGCAUCUUUGAUCCAGGCUCCAACCCCUCCGACCACAAAGUCAAAGAGUGUGUGAUCUGCAUGAUGGACUUUGAGUACGGUGACCCCAUCCGGUUCCUGCCGUGCCUGCACAUCUACCACUUGGACUGCAUCGACACCUGGCUCAUGCGCUCCUUUACCUGCCCGUCCUGCAUGGAGCCCGUGGACGCCGCGCUGCUCGCCACUUACGAAGCCAACUGAGCCCCGCCCACAAGUAAUCCCCAGGCUUGGUUCCAAGUAACUGUCCCUUGUUAGGCCAAUUUGUCCAAGCUGCUGUGCACAGGUAGCCCAGGCCGUGCGUCUUUGUGCUCAUGUUCUUGAAUUGCUUACAUGCAUAGAAAUUGUACAUUACAGUAAUUGCUUGGAUCUGAUUGGUCGUAAAACCUUUGAUGUUUUUUGUUUGUUUGUUUGUUUCCAACGGGGCAGUGUGCCAAUUUGAACUAGAAGAAAGAAGACUACAUGUAGCAACACAUUUUCCUAGAAAUAAUUUCACUUUAAGAUAGCCUCAAAAAUGUAUGAUAUUUAUAUUUUAGGUUUAAUUAUACGGCAGUGAGGUGACCCCAAUGUCACUGAACUGUCUUUGAAAUGUGCAAUACGAAACCUGAACAGAAAGACUGCAGGUACAGUAGUCAUGAUUUAAGAUUCAAGAGGAAGAGAGUUUUUCCUUAUCCCCGCAGGAUUAAUUACUUCAUGGAUUAUUAAUGCGAUAAUAGAAAAGUUUUGGAAUCACUUACACGUGCAUGAAGUGUGCCGAAAUACUUUUUUCUUUAGAACAUGCAGACCAUCCCAUGACUGUGUCAUUAUCACAGUAAAAUAAUAAUGAUAAUAAUAAUUUGGCACCAUUUCAUUGUUUCAAUAUAUGAAAGGGGUGUCCAAAAAAACAAUUCAAAGCACAAUUCUAAUUAUAUUCUUGUAAUUUUUUUUAGAAUGUAAUUAGUUACUUUUUCUCUUAAUAUCACAUUUUUCUCAUAAUUUGUUUUCUGGCAAUGUCUGUCAUGCCCCCCCCCCCCUCAAAAUAGAAAUUUCUUUUUUAACUUAAUGUGACUUAUUUCUGAAUAUUCCAAUUUCAUUGUCACAACAUUACAACUUUAUUCUUCCCAGUUCGUUUCAGUGUGGCCCUAGUACUUCUUUUUACAAAAUUAAUUGGGUGGGUUAGUUUGUAUUGCAAAUAUUUUGUUGUUCUUUUUUUUUUAUAUAAAUCUUCACAUGUAGUUUUCUUAUAGAGGGCUAUGAGUUAAGGAAUAUGCUCCUUUUUUAAUGAUGUUUGACUGUUUAGUUGAUGGCCUUUAUACUGCAAGUGAUGCAUUUCCACCAAGCUCUUGUUUGUAUGCUUGUUGCCAGCAGUAGAGUUGAAUGUAUCUAUCAGCAACUAACAAGUGUCGUUUUCAAUUAGCCCAGCUGCUGUGCCUUGUAAGGUUGAAGGAAGUGAAGUACAAUCAUGUCGACGGUGUUCUUCCAAUUUGUAGUCGUCCACUAGGGAGAGCCAGACACCAGCACACUUGUCAUAUGCGUCACUGUUAGGUUUUUGUUUUCUUUCCCACCCCGCUGCUGCUCAGUCAUCUGCGUUAAGUUAUGUGCAAUCCACGAAUGUGUAGGAAAAGUUAUCUAACCAUCAUUAAAGCAUAGAAUAUGUUUCAAACCAA